AUGGUCCCUCGCAUCCCCCGCAUCCAGCAAAUCCUUCGAGGCAUCAUAGCUCAAGCCCGAAGGUUCCUUGCCAGCCGCAGAACACUCCCAGAAGAUCUCGACUUCUUCUUUCUCUACAUCAAUCCACUUUACGAUGCCCUAGAGCACAUGCAUGACGAGAUGGAGGCGGGUGAUUGGGAGAAUCAGGAUUACGUGCGUCUGGUGAAGACCUACGCCGUUGUGAGAUACAACAUCCAAAAGCUCGGCAGCUUCGGCGAGCAGUGCGAAGAGGAGCGGGGAUAUCGCAAGGAAUGGUGGGAGGGUAGGGUCAUGGAUGUGAUGGAGCUGCUCGAUCAGGUCGGAGUGGAUCUCGCUGAAUUGCUGGACUUCCAAACAGAGAGUGGAGCAAUGACUCUGAGCGAGGCUUGGAGCUAUCUUCCUCGGUAG